GCUUCCCAAUUCGUUAACCGCGAGUUUAAUAUACGGGGUGAAAUAAUAGUAUGGUUGAAUAGGAAGAAUACAAAAUGAUACACAUGCACCGCGUGGAGGCGCCUUAGCGACGCUGUGCGCAAGCGCAUGGGAGUGGGAGUAUCGCCAAUCAGAGGGAAGAUGCGCACGAAAGAACGAAAACUGGUCUUUUCGUAAUUAUGGACUUUGGUGAGGACAAGUAUAUGUAUGAAUUGAAAAGUUAGUAAUGGUGUAGUAUUUAAAAUGAAAUUGUAUUGUUUAUCGAGUGAACCAACAAAGCCAUGUUUGGUUUUAAGUUUCAAAGGGAUAACUUUAAUGUUAGAUUGUGGUUUGAACAUGCAAUCCAUAUUGCAUUUCAUGCCAAUGCCUAUGGUUCCUAGUGCUAAAUUUAAUUCAUUGCCAUCCUGGCUUCCCCGUGACAAUCAUCAAGAUUGGCAAAUAGAAGGGGAAUUAAAAGAAUGUUGCAAUAGAGUAUUUGUGGAUUCUACCCCUGAAUUCUCUCCACCUUUGGAGAAAAUAGUAGAUUUUUCUGAAAUUGAUGCUAUUUUGAUAUCAAAUUAUACCUGCAUGUUGGCGCUACCAUUUAUAACACAAGAUACUGGUUUCAAAGGUAUCAUUUAUGCGACAGAGCCAACAUUACAAAUUGGACGAUUUUUUAUGGAAGAAUUAGUAGAGUAUAUUGAACAAACUCCUAAAGCAACAUUGGCUAAACAUUGGAAAGAGAUGUUACACAUGUUACCUUCUCCAUUAGCUGAUGCUCUUAAACCUAAAUCUUGGAAACACAUAUAUUCUAUGUCUGCAGUCAAUACAGCUUUAUCAUACAUCCAAACAGUUGGAUAUGAUCAAAAGCUAGACAUAUACGGCGCAUUAACAGUUACUCCUAUAAGUUCUGGAUAUUGUUUGGGUAGUAGUAACUGGUUAAUUUCAUGCGACCAUGAGAAGGUUGCAUUUGUCAGUGGAUCUUCUACAUUGACAACUCAUCCACGUCCCAUGGAACAAGCUACAUUAAAACAUGCUAAUAUGUUAAUACUAACAGGUUUGACUCAAACACCUACUGCAAACCCGGACACUAUGCUUGGAGAACUUUGUAUGACUGUGGCAAUGACGCUUAGAACUGGUGGAUGCGUUUUAAUACCAUGUUAUCCAUCUGGGGUUGUAUAUGAUUUAUUUGAAUGUCUCAGUACUCAUUUGGAUAAAUCAGGUUUUUCACAAGUUCCGUUAUUCUUUAUAUCUCCGGUAGCUGAAACUUCUUUAGCAUACUCGAACAUUUUAGCUGAAUGGCUAUCAACAAACAAACAAAAUAAAGUUUAUCUUCCAGAGGAACCAUUCCCUCAUGCUUUUCUUGUUAAAAAUGCUAGAUUAAAACAUUUUACAUCUACUUAUGCCGAAGGUUUCAGUUCUGAUUACAGACAACCCUGUGUUGUUUUUUGUGGUCACCCUAGUCUUAGAUUUGGUGACGCUGUUCAUUUUGUUCAAUUGUGGGGUAGUAGUCCACAGCAUACUAUAAUUUUUACAGAACCAGAUUUCCCAUAUUUGGAUGCACUAGCACCUUUUCAACCAUUAGCUAUGAAAGCGGUACAUUGUCCAAUUGACACCUCUCUUAAUUUCACCCAAGCUAAUAAAUUAAUUAGAGAUUUAAAACCAGAACAUUUAGUCAUACCUGAAUGUUAUACGCAACCACCGAUGACAGCACCACAUAGAACAGAUCUUGUUAUAGAACCAGUAGGAGAAAAACCUUUAAUCACUUUCAAACGAGGCGAAGUUAUAAAGCUGCCUCUAAAAAGAAAAAAAGGACGAGUAUUUAUUGAACCAGAAUUAGCUGGGAAUAUAAUUCCAAAUGAAAUUCGACCUGGUUUGAGUCUUGCGUCUGUUACCGGGGAAUUGGAAGUUAAGGAUAAUGUAUAUACGAUAAAGAACAUUGAAGAUAGACCUAGUGGAAAACGUAAAGCAUCAUCCGGUUCGCCUGCACCUAUUAAGGAAGAGGUUCUUAAAGAAAGGAAACACGAAUAUGGUAAUUUAGAUCCUCAAGAAUUACUUCAAAAACUUAACCAAGAGGGAAUUCAAGGAGCCAAGUUGCAACACAGUCCAACUGCUACGAGCAUUCAUUUACAAGACGAAGAUACUUUAAUUCAAAUAGGGGACAACUCGACACAUAUCUUUUGCAAUGGUGAUCAAAAAAUUAGGAGGCAAUUAAGGAAUAUCAUAAUGCAGUGCCUUAAAAGGUUUUAACAUAAAAAAUAAAUAAUAUUAAAUCAUGACUGUUUUUAUAUAAUGACAUUUUUAAUUGUAAUUUAUUUUUCUAUGUAAUUAGAACUUUUUCUUGAAAUUAGUAUUAAAAGAAACCUCGAUAUUAAGUACCUUUUGAAUAAACAUAAGUAGCAUUUAAGUACAUUAUCUGUAACUGUGUACAUAUAUAUAUAUAUAUAUAUACAUACAUUCAACUGUACAUAAUAUCUACAAAUAUAUUUGUGAACCUGGCAGUAUUA